GCAACGCGUCCGUGUCCUUCUCUCGUCGCGAGACGCCACGGGUGUUGAGUGCGUUACAGCGCGGCCGUCUGACCACAUGUUCUCGAGCGCCUAAAACUUCGAAGAAGUUGUGAAAAUAACCGCCGUUUAAACCCAGUUUCAUGGAAGACUCUGGUGAGCCCAUGACCGGGAUGUUGGACACGAAUGCCCCUGAUAACGGGGACGCUCCUGCUAUGGAGGCCACGGGGCCCGAGUAUGGCACAGACCCGGCCGAGACCGACUGGGCCCCGGCUCCCCCGCAAGAGCCGCCCGCUCCUCCGGAAGCCCCCGAGUACGAGCAGAGCCAGCAGCCGCCCGCUCUAGAACAGUACCAGCUGUACUCUGUGGAGCACCUGAAAUCCGCAGCGGAGAGCAUCGACCACACAGCCAGUCCCCCGGACCCCGGGGCCGAGGGCCUCGCGCAGCAGACGGAGUCGAACGGCCAGCAGGACGAGGCCAAGCCGGCCGCGGCGGAGGACUCCGAGAGCCCUUCCAACAUGGAGCUGGAAGACGCUCCCAAAGAAGCGGCCGAAGCGAUGGAACCGGCCUCCGACGCAGACGCGGCCGUCGCGCAAGAACCAGCGCUUCCUGCGGAUUACGAGCGGCUCUUCAAAGUAGUGGAGGAUAACCCCGAAGACUUCAACGGCUGGGUCUACCUUCUGCAGUAUGUUGAGCAGGAGAACCACUUGGUGGCUUCGAGGAAGGCGUUCGAUGCCUUCUUCCUGCACUACCCCUACUGUUACGGCUACUGGAAGAAGUAUGCAGACAUUGAGAAGAAACACGGCUACAUACACAUGGCCGACGAGGUUUACCGCCGAGGUCUCCAGGCUAUUCCUCUCAGCGUCGACCUGUGGCUGCAUUAUAUCACUUUCCUGCGAGAAAACCAAGAUACCAGCGACGGAGAGGCCGAAAAUCGCAUCAGAGCGUCCUACGAGCACGCCGUUCUGGCCUGUGGCACAGAUUUCCGCUCGGACCGUCUGUGGGAAGCUUACAUCACGUGGGAGACGGAGCAGGGCAAGCUGGCCAACGUCACGGCCGUCUACGACCGCAUCCUCUGCAUUCCCACCCAGCUGUACUCCCAGCAUUUCCAGAAGUUCAAAGAACACGUCCAGAGCAACAACCCCAAGCACUUCCUGUCUGAGGAGGAGUUUGUGCAGCUCAGAGUGGAGCUAGCUAACGCUAACAAGCCUAGCGGAGACGACGCGCCGGGCGAAGAGCUUCCGCCGGGGACGGACGACCUGCCGGAUCCUGCCAAGAGAGUGACGGAGAUCGAGAACAUGAGGCAUAAGGUGAUUGAGACGCGCCAGGAGGUGUUUAACCACAACGAGCAUGAAGUCAGCAAGCGCUGGGCCUUCGAGGAAGGGAUAAAGCGGCCGUACUUCCACGUCAAAGCCUUGGAGAAGACCCAGCUGAACAACUGGAGGGAGUACCUGGACUUCGAGCUGGAGAACGGCACUCCGGAGCGCGUGGUGGUUCUGUUCGAGCGCUGCCUGAUCGCCUGCGCUCUCUACGAGGAGUUCUGGAUCAAGUAUGCUAAGUAUCUGGAGAGCUACAGCGUUGAAGGCGUCCGGCACAUCUUCAAAAAGGCCUGCACCAUCCACCUGCCUAAGAAGCCCACCGUUCACCUCCUCUGGGCCGCCUUCGAGGAACAGCAAGGCAGCAUCGACGAGGCGCGGCGGAUCUUGAAGGACAUGGAGGAGUCCGUCGCAGGCCUGGCCAUGGUGAGGCUGAGGAGGGUGAGUCUGGAGCGGCGUCAUGGGAACAUGGACGAAGCCGAGGCCCUGCUGAGAGACGGCAUCACCUACGGCAAGAACAGCAGCGAGUCGUCCUUCUUCGCCGUCAAACUGGCCCGACAGCUGGUCAAAGUGCAGAAGAGCAUCGGGAAAGCCAAGAAAGUGCUGCUGGAGGCCGUCGAGAAAGACGAGACGAACCCGAAGCUGUACCUGAACCUGCUGGAGCUGGAGUACAGCGGCGAUGUGCAGCAGAACGAGGCCGAGAUCAUGGCCUGCUUCGACCGAGCUCUGAGCAGCUCCAUGCCGCUGGAGCAGCGCGUCAUCUUCUCUCAGCGCAAGCUCGAGUUCCUCGAGGACUUCGGCAGCGACAUCAACGUGCUGGUGGCGGCGUAUGAGCAGCAUCAGAGACUCGUGACGGAGCAGGAAGCGCUGAAGAGGAAAGCGGAGAACGGCUCAGAGGAGCCGGACUCGAAGAGACAGCGAACGGACGACCAAUCAGGAGCCUCGGGUCAGAUGAUGCAGGACAUGCAGGCCAAUCACGCCGGAUACAACUACAACAACUGGUACCAGUAUAACUCGUGGGGCGGUCAGAACUCCUGGGGUCAGUACGGUCAGUAUGGUCAGUAUAACCAGUACUACCCACCUCCUCCCACAUAACGGAGCGCCGCGUCCUUCAGCUUCAACAUUCACCGUCUCCAGUCUAACGCUGUGUUUUCUGUUUUUUGGCACGAGCUCUUUUUCCCUCUUUAAGUGCAAGUGAGUUUUUAACGAGCCGGGUUGGUUUAGUGCUUCUUGGAGGUUUAGUUGUGUUCGUUUGGAAGACGUUCUGCUCCUCGUCUCUGCUCCUGUGAUCCUGUUUUCCCAGAGAAACGUGAAACAUGAAGAUGUUUUUUAUUUUGACUUGGUUUCAUAAUAAAGAGAUUGACAUCCUA